GUGUAACUUAACAACUACUUGAAGUAGCGAAGAUAAGGAUUUUUAGGAAUCUCAAGUGUUUUUCAAUCCGGGCUGCGGUGUCAAAAAAUGUGGAGUCGGAACUAUUUAGCUGGAAUCGCAAAUAUUUUUUUUCUGAACUGUAUGACUAACUCAUUUUAACAUUGAUAUUUUUGUAGUUUUCUCUUAAAUUUUUUAAAGGUGUUUUCAGAUUGUGUAUCAUUAGGAUAUACAUUUUUUUUAAAAAUCCUGGACAAUGUGAAUUCAUUUACCGGAACCAGUGUAGCAGACCUUAUUAAGUCAGGAUAUAAAUUAUUACCAGGCGCCACUUGCCUGGUUGGGGUGACAUUCCGUGUUUUGAAUAUCUCGGCUGGAACUCGGAAGAAACGAAACGACUGCUCGAAUCACGUAAGCAAACCCUGGCUAGCGAGUGACCGCGUGUUGAGGAGUACAGAACUUUGUGACAGAACAACCGAUGUUUGUGUGAGGAGGGACUGCGUAGGAUGUCCAGUUUCGAGGAUCGUCUGGUCGGCCUGAUAUCCUCACCGCCCGAGGAGCGUCGGGACGUGGACAUUGAGCUCGCCGUGCCGUGGUUGCGGAAGAAAAGCCAGCUGUUGCAGUCUCUGGACAAGGGUCAGUUAUAGUUGUUUUCUUCCAUAUGGUUUAGUGACUUCCCAUUAGAAGCACUGGUAAAGCAAGAAGAAGAAAAGAAAAAAAAACACAGGCGUGGGUCUUCAGUCCUAAACAUAUUAUUACAAGUAAAAGCAAAAUUCAAUUCAAAUUUCUGCUGGACAUCACCUCCAGGCAUGGCGGUUAUCUCUCACAUAAGAUAGGUGUUCAAUUCAUGUUAAAGUAAACCUUUUGCUGAUAUUUAAGCAUUAAAUUUAUAUGUUGUAUAAGAGAUUUCAUAUAGAUGUGAGCCCAUUUCGGAAUCACCCACCAACACACACACACACACUCACACACACAACGCACACAUGACUCUCUGAUUUCCUCACAGCUGACUCUUCUUUUAAAAUAUAUCAAUUUCCUUUAAAAAAAUACGCUAAGUUUCAAAUUCACUCUGCACAUGGAAAUUUUCACAACUUUACUGUUCCAUCCUUAUUGUAGUAAUGCGAAUGUUGUUUGUAUAUUAAGUAGUCAGAUGUCGGUAACAAUUUUGGAUGUUAUAAAUAAGUUUCAAAUUCACUCUGCAGAUGGAAAUUUUCACAACUUUACUGUUCCAUCCUUAUUGUAGUAAUGCGAAUGUUGUUUGUAUAUUAAGUAGUCAGAUGUCGGUAACAAUGAAGGACGUUGUAAAUACAAUUUUUGAUACCUGCUUUCCUGAGAUUGUUUAGGGUGGAGGAGAUGCAUUUUGGGCCAUAGCCAAUAUCUGCAUCCGGAGAUCUGGGUGUUCCUAUGGAAAGUGUCUGGGAUGUGAACAGGUUUAAUGAGAUGGCGCGUGUUGUUUGUGUUCCGUACACAUCAUUAGUCAGAAGAUGGCCGCACCACGAUGCGGCCCUGUGCGGGAGACGUACGGCGCUGAUACAGAUCGCCCAUGUGUCUGCUAUUUACAAAAUUGAUAUGGCCCUAGAAUUCGAUUUUACCCAGACUGCGCUCAGAUGUUCUUAUGUUACAAUCUAUAAUGUGCGCAAACUACGAUAUUUUUAUCACACGCAUUCUCUAUAAAUUAUUUUAAAACAAUUUAUUGUUAUUAUUUACACGAUAUAAUGCAGGAACAGACCCUCUUGUUGUAGAUUGUUUAUUUUUCUAUUAAUUGCUGCCAAAAACAUUAGGACACAACCUUUGACCUUUGUAGAACCAAAAAAUAUGGACUUUUGUUUUAUACGCCUAAGGUGUAGUUUGUAAAAGUGCGUGGGAAAUAAUUUUAAACUCCGUCAUAAGAAGUGAGUUUCAUUUUCCUUUAUUAUUACCUCUAAGAAUGAAAGACAAUGCAUUUUGAAAAGGUAUUGUAAUCACAUGGAAAAGGUAUUGUAACCAUAUGGUGAACGUAUUGUAACAAUUUAUCGGUAUUGUUUGGCUGUUGCAGAUAUUCUGAGGGAUGUUGUCAAAAACUGCUUGUAUCAGCAAAUGAUCACCGACGAGAUUAUCAUACGACAAGGGGAUUAUGGGGACAGGUAAGUUUCCGGUAAAAUGGAGGCGGGCGACACAUCCGGUUACUUAAUGUUGCUCCCGUUUUCCGUGUCGUUUCGGUUUGUUAACAGAAACAUAUUUAAAAUGCAGAUUCACUUUCAUUGCAGUCAAACUAUACGUUUCGUUUUUGGUGUUGUUUUUUUUUACAUUUUAUGCAAGAUAGUUUCGUGUUAUUCGUUGAAUUUUUGUGACCUAUGUACUUUGCACAAGAAAUCUGGCUACCAUGCAUGUAUUUGUUAUUAUACCAUAACCUUUGAUGGACAAAGAAGGACUCGUUCUCCGCUCAACAGAUUUUGUGUGUCUAUGCUUACACGAAACCUUUGAUGGACAAAGAAGGACUCGUUCUGUGCUCAACCGAUUUUCUGUGUCUAUGCUUACACGAAACCUUUGAUGGACAAAGAAGGACUCGUUCUGUGCUCAACCGAUUUUCUGUGUCUAUGCUUACACGAAACCUUUGAUGGACAAAGAAGGACUCGUUCUGUGCUCAACUGAUUGUGUGUGUCUAUGUUUACACGAAACCUUUGAUGGACAAAGAAGGACUCGUUCUGUGCUCAACAGAUUUUCUGUGUCUAUGCUUACACGAAGACGCCGCUCAUUUUAAAACAAGUAUGAUUUUUUUUUUAAAUGACUGCAGGUUCUACGUCAUCUUGACUGGACGCACAUCUGUCUACAUAGACACUGUCAAGUCUGAUGACGACAGCGGUAACGACGUCAAUCGCGAUGAUGCAGCGGGCGAGCCGCAUGCUGCAGGCGAUGGAAUCAAAGCCGAGAACAAAGCCCUGGACAGGACACAGUUUGGGAAGUUCAUCACGCAUUUCGGUCAGUCGCUUAGUCAGCUGGAAGAUUAAUAGGGGCAGAGGCGUAGCCAGAGUGUUUGGCGCCCGGGGACAAGAUAUUGGCGCCCUCUUUCUAGACUGCCGAUCAGGGACAUCUGUGCCCCCCUCCCCCCCCUCAGUUACACCUCUGAAGUAGGGAGAAGUGGACAGAGCUGGGUGAAUCUAGGGAGAAUCUAGGGAGACGUGGAGUGAGCUGGGAUAAUGUUUUGGGACGUGGUGAGCUUGGAGAAUAUAACAUGACAUGGAGUUAGCUGGGAGAAAAUAGGGAGAAGGGUCAUGAUCUGGGAGAAUAAAGAGAUACGUGCAGUGAGCUGGGAGAAGAUAGGGAGAAGUGGAAAAUGUUUUUGAGUUCGAGUAAUUUAUAGAUUUGGGUUGGGGGGGGGAGGGGCAGUUUUAUCUAGAGAUUAUUCAAGGCUGAGGGGGAUUGCGUCAUAAAAUGACAGCACCAAGAGGGGGGAUGGGCGAUCUCUAUAGAUACUAUAAUAUAUCAUUCCUCCCACCUACACGACAGUGAAUACUUGCUCAAUGAAAGUUGAUGUGUUCCUAUCACCACAGGAGAUGGCCAGAGUUUUGGGGAGAUAGCGUUGAUACGAGACGACUGCGUCAGGAAUGCCACCGUGAUGGCCGACAGCGAGUGCGACCUGCUGGUCAUUCCUAGGUAUCUCUAUAACACUUCCAUAAAGGUAAGAGUAGCAAGCGAGAUAUUCCGACAUUGACCUUUCAGAUCUAGAUGAUCAAUAAACUGCACCCCCUUUCCCCCAGAGCAACCGGUCUCCAAACCACUACAGCUGGAAUCAUAAACUUCAGCUUCAACAAAAGUUGAAAUUUACACAUUAUUUUUCCAUGGCUUAGUGCUUACACGUGCUCAGUGAACUUGUAUUACUGCAUGACGUGUUUCAUGACAUGAUUUGUAUCACCACAUGACUUGCAUCCCUUCUUGACUUCUAUCACUACAUGACGAAAACGAGAUCCAAAGUCCUGCACAUUUAAGUGAAAAAGUACAACGUGAAAAUGACAAACAUAUUUGAUAAUGCGAUUAUGUUCCCUCGAAAACGUCUUCACUUUCUUCUGUGACACGAUCUUGGUAUAUAUUAGUAAUUCAAACACAAAAAAAUUAAAGUUAACAAAUUGUAUCAAGUAUUUAUUAUCAGCUAACAGUUCUUCACAAUUUACAGCAACUCAAACUUUAAAAACCAUUGUUGUUGGGUUUUAUUUAAUGUUGGCCUAAUUAAUAUAUUUUUUAAAAUUUAAAUUCUAAAAAAAAUCAAAUAUUGAAUGGCUUUGAGAGCGAACAAAUAUGUCAUUUCCAAACUGGUUAAUUGGUGUUCAAUCACCAGGAUAGUUCUUUUAAGCUUAAUUAACCCCUAUGGUUCGUGCUUUUAUUCCCCCCACCCCCAAGCAAACCUCUAAAAAACAUACCUUAUGAUUUCAUAUCAUAGACAGAUAUAUAUAUAUAUAUAUAAUAAAUACGUGUUUUUUUUCUUUCCCAAUGUUAAUUUUGUUACCAGGAGAAAUGAAAUAAGUCAGAAAAAAAACAAAAACAAACUUUGGCGUGGACGAUGGUUUUUAUUGACUCUCCUUCCUCAGAUUGAAAGCAACUGAUUCCUUUCUCCCUGAAUAUAUGCCCCUCCCCCCCACCCCACCCCGGCCUCCAUCGACAUUAAUCGUUAACCUAUUAUCCGAAAUAAGACAGCCAAGUGACCCCCAGGCAGCAGGGCUAAAGUCGUUUAUGGUCAUCCCCAACAAUUGGCAAUUACCAGGGUAGAUUGCAUUUUUGGGGCAGGAAGUUUACAUUUAAACUUAUAUGUAUAAAAAAACAACAACAACAAAACCUUGUUUAGUUAUCGGCAGGUAUGUCAUUAAAACAUAAUGUCUCUCUAAAAAAAUGUAAAACCUGCGCUUCAAUGGGAAUUAAAUUAUAAUGUUGCUCUAAACAUUAAAACCUACACUUCAUUGGUAAGUUCUCCGUCUCUUUAUAAUUUUUAAGCACAUGGUAAUAAUGAAAUACAAUUAUGGAGUUAAGAGCGUAUAUUCAUUGAUAAGACGUAUCCUAAAUGAAAAUUAAUCUUUAAAAUGUUCAAUAUCUAUUUAAAUAUAAAUGGACCUCCCUGGUCUUGACUGCGAAUUUUUUAAUUUUUUUUUAAAGACCCGUCAACUGGCCGAGUACGAGGAGAAGAGAAAGUUCGUGGAGACCUGCACCCUGUUCCGCGGUUGGAGCACCAAGUUUAGAAACCUGCUGGAGAUGAGCCUGACCAAAGAAACCUACCCGUACGGUUCUACCGUCGUCAAACAAGGCGCGCCGACCACGGGACUCAUCUUUAUCAUCGGGUACCUUUUGUUUUCUUAUUAUUUAUAUGCAACCAUAAUCUCAUUACAAAUAAACCCUUUAACAUGUCUGUAAUCCUCAAAAAUCAACACGCUUCCCUUCACAAAGAUAAAUCAAUAAGUUCAUCUUCUACUCAGAUUUAAAUGAAACAACCCUUAAAACUAAAUACAAAGUAGUUUUUUUACAAAUUCUUUAUAUGCAUUUUUUAAUUAUUUUUUUUGCAUUUAUGUAAUCUAUGUGAUUUAUUAUUUAUGUGAGUGUAGCAAAUGAUUUUCGGUAAGAGAGAAUUGGGUUUUUUUUUUAUAAACUUGAUGCAUAUAAAAACUAAUAGACUAAAGAUGCAUUUAAACCCUAAAUACGUCCGAAAUACAAGGCACUUUGCAACAGCUACACAGUUAAUCUCAACACCAAAACAAGCAACCAUUGAACAAAUCGUAUUUUAAUCAUGUUCCCCUUGAAAAACAGGAACAACUGAUUUUUGGGGGGUUGGGUUUGGGGUGGGUGGGGCUGAAAAUCUGAUAGAUUUUUUUUUGUCAUCGACAUCGAGUGUGCCAAGUUUCAGUUCGAUAGGAUGACGGGAAGUGGGUCAAUAGGCCAUCCGAAGAUUUUUUCCAGAAACACACGAACAAAACCCAUCUAAGAGAAGGCAAACUCUGAAUUUAAACCAGGAGCCAGAAUGAUCAACAAAUUGAUCGUGGGCCCCUCAAAUAUAAGAAGAAGAAGAAAAGCGAAGUUAAUGUAUAAUAUUUUAAAAUAACAAAAAUGCGUUCAAAAUCACAACACGGCUACGUAACACUGUAGAUAUUAAUAAAAAUGACGUAAUUCUAUAAAGUCGAUGAAGUUUUUUAGAAGAAACAAAUAGUUUAUAAGACGUUUGUUAGAGAAAAGAGAAGAAGCCCUUUCGUACAAUUUUUUUAAAUUUAAAAUCUUAACCAAACAGACAUCACAAUUAAGGGAACACCGCCAGUGAGUGAAGUGAAUUGCUUAGUUUCACUAGCUGGGUUAGUAAUGCAGGCCACGUUGUUUCGCGUGUUAACUAUUCUUCCAAUUCCCUUUCUGGAGCUCCAUUUCAAAUGUUACUGCCAGGUCCUCAAAUGACAAUCACUUACUGCAUCAUCUAGAUGUUAUGAGGUGUGCGUUUGAUGCGAACGUGAUCAAGCGCCCAAAUUGGGGUGUGGGUGGGGAAAAGCAGCGAAUAAGAGCGCAGCACGGUGCUCAAUAAGAGCAGGGUAGACAAGAAAGAUCCACUCAGUAAUUAUUAUAAUAGACAGGCUACUUGGUUUUUUAAAUGCAUAAAUGAAUUGAAACUGCUAAUGGGUCUGAUUUGUGUUAUUUCUACCACGACCCCAAUGAUUAAGAUUAAAUAUGUACAUGUUGUAUGUAUGUGUAUGUAUACAUAUAUGUAUAAUUUUUUUAUAGUAAAUAUUGUUUCUGUUAAUCUGUCUCUUCUGGUAAGCUCUUCGGGUAUCGUCAGUGUAACAGUUUUCUUAUUUUUUUUUAUCAUCUUAUCUUCUAGUGGUCAAGCGAAACUGACCGUCGAGCCAUCGCUACACAAACAUCAGUACAGUAAAAUAAUGAGCAGGCACGCACAGACAAAUUUCUUACAGGAUCAGUGGUGAGUCAUUAAGGGCAUUAGCCCCAACUUAUGUCAUCUUAACCAAUCUCUCCACACAGCCGACUUAUGUCCCCUCAACCCAUCUCUCCGCACGACUUACGUCACCUCAACCCAUCUCUCCACAUAAUUUACGUCACCUCAAUCAAUCUCUCCACACAACUUACGUCACCUCAACCAAUCUCUCCACACGGCUGACUUAUGUCUCCCUCAACCAAUCUCUCCACACAACUUACGUCACCUCAACACAUCUCUCCACACGGCCAACUUACGUCACCUAAACACAUCUCUCCAAACGGCCAACUUACGUCACCUAAACCCAUCUCUCCACACGGCCGACUUACGUCACCUCAAUCUAUGGAGCGUCUCCAUAUCCGACUGACGUCACUUCAAGCAACGAUUGUCUCCUUAACCCGACUUAAACGUCGAUCACUUUAACAAAUUAAUGUCUCCCUACGCCGGCUUACGCUACUUUGACCAUUUUUUCUAUGCCCCGACUUACGCCACCUUAACCCAUGACCGCCUCCUUACACCAACUGAGGGGCAGUGCACAUAUUACAUUACACAAAAUUAUGACAUGUCCGACAUGUUAUAUAACAUUUCUAGCAAACUCGCCCCCCCCCCCGAUAAAACCGAAUUAAGUCUACACAAAAAAAACAAACAAAAAAAACAGAUUUAUUUUAAAACAAACUAAUUAUUGCAAUAAAAAAAUACGUUUAAAAAAUUAACUAUGCUAAUUUAUUUCAAAAACUAGAAAAGCAGAUUUAAAAAAAAAAAAAUAACAAUUGAUUUUAAAAAAUAAAAUAAAAAUAAGUGUUAUAUUAAAUUGAUCUCCACCCCCAACCGCACCCCAUAUAACACAAAUUUAAAAAAAAAUAAUAAACCACCCCCUACCCCCCUUCGCCUUAUAUAAUAUGUGCACGGUCCCUUACGACACUUCAACAAAAUACUGUCUCCAUUCCCCAACUUCCUUAUACUUAUACCCCGUGGUGCACGUGCAGCCAACACAUCCACACACAAAAUGUGAAUUCUGUUUGACUAUUAAUGAAUUAAUGACGCUUUGCAUUCAGGACAGUCCCGGAUACAGAGUCUGGCAACCAUCAAAAUGGCAAGGUUCAAAAUUUAACAAGUGACCAGAUUUUCGUAAGGCGCAGACUGGGCUACGCAGCGGCAGAGCGGCGCAUCAGGUCCAAAAAUAUUCAAGUCUGCUGUAUAGAAAAGGGAGAAGUCAUUGGUAAAUAUGAUAUUACCUUUGAUUUUUUUAAUAAAUUCAUACCGGUACAAAAAAAUAGUGUGGUGGUUUAUUUUAUGAAUAGCUUUGCACAUGUUCGUGCCGAUGUCAAUUAAUGCAAAAUAAAUAGUCUAGUAGAUGAGAUGUCCUCCUGGGCGGAACUUUUUUUUUAAGGGUGUGGAGGGGAGUUUGAAAAGUUGACUAACCAUUAGUGAACCAAGUGAAAAGUUAACUAACCAUUAGUGAACCAAGUGAAAAGUUGACUAACCAUUAGUGAACCAAGUGAAAAGUUAACUAACCAUUAGUGAACCAAGUGAAAAGUUAACUAACCAUUAGUGAACCAAGUGAAAAGUUAACUAACCAUUAGUGAACCAAGUGAAAACUUAACUAAUGUUAAAAGCCCCAACAGAAAAGUAAAUAAAACCAUAUUUUGUGCGGCACUUUAUUGAGAACCAUUGACAUGCUUCUUUUUUGCAAUUUCCACAAACAAUUUUGAUUCUCUUUUUAAAUCAAUAGCCCUUUGUUUCGAAUUGGUGUAGAAUAGAGUGUUCAUCUUAAUCAGCGGUUCUCAACCUGUGUGUCACGACCCCUUCCGGGCGUCGAACGAAACUCACUCAGGGGUCGCCUAAGACACAUUCUUAUGAAGUAGCAGCGAAAAUAAUUUUAUGGUAAUGGGGGGGGGGGUCACCACAACAUAAGGAACUAUAUUAAAAGGUCGCGGCAUUAUGAAGGUUGAGAACCAUUGAUCUAUAUUAAACAAAAGUACAAACAAAACAACAAGAAAUUAUUAUGAAUGUUGUCUCCGUCACCCAAAAAAAAUAUAUUUCAUAGCCGCCAGUCCUAGGCAUUGUUCUCAUUUACAUGUUCCAACUGUUUGAGAAAUGUAUUUGCACCGCUCCAGGUGACACAGAAAUGGUGCUCGACCUGCCGACCAACACAGAGACCGCAGUCACCACCGCCCCCACCACUGUCUUUGUCUUAAAUACCAAAAACUACGAGAGGUUGGUCACCAGGAAACACCCGGCCAUGGCGCUUCACCUGGCCCAGUGGGCACUUAAUGUAAGUCAUGUGGGGCGCCUUGCCACUGUGUGAGUGGGCCAUGAAUAGGAACAAACUUUAGGUCAUGUGCAUUGACCUUUGACCUCUUAGUUUAUCAAAUGGUUGGGUUCAUAGGUGCUUACUGGGAAUACUUUUCUCUGGUGCUGAUUUAGUUAAGUGCAAUGCAUUAUGGUUAGAUGACUUGAGAGCUCGGAUCAUUGACCAAAGCUUAGGGCAUCCGGUGCCACAAAUUGCAUCGCUCAAUCUUACCUCCAAAAUUUUUCAGGUGGUUUUCAAAGUAAUUGGUGUUACAAAACAUAACCUUUCUUUGGCUGAAGUGAAGUUUAAGACCCCUGGAUUAAGAUCCGCGAGUCCCCUGGAUUAAGACUCGUGGGACAUCUGGAUUAAAACUUGUCGAGACCCCCCUGGAUUAAGACAUGUAAGACCCCAUGGAUUAACCCCUGUGUAUCGCCAUCCAAAAUCCACAUGUUUAUUGUUUCAAUCUUAUUUCAGAAAAUCGUGGCACGUUCUAAAAACUCCAAGGCCAGAGAGAUUCCUCUCCUACGGAGCCUCGAGGCUGAACUCCGAGAAAAACUUCCCCGCGAGGCCAUCCCCACCAGGACUCUGGAAAUCCUGAAGAAGAAAGAGGUUGAAACGGCCCAGCUGUUAAACCUUUACCUGCAAGACAAAGCACCGCUUAUAGAGCCGUGCGUGCCAAACGCCAUGUUCUUUAAACAGAGGUCUCUGCUUAGAAACAAAGAACUCCCGCCGAACGCACUGUCGCGGCUCAGAAGAUUUAAAGACGCCGAGCAGCCGGUGAAACUACUGAGGAAAUUCCCAAGAAGUCGCCAGCAGCUGAAAAACAACAUCGAGGCGGAGAGAGAACUGCUGCGCGAUGACCAAAGAGAAUCCGCUGACCUAAACCUGAGGAUUCGCCCCGCCACGACAAUAGGGUUUACCAGACAGCAGACGGCGCCGGCUGCCAGAGAAAGGCCGAAAUCCGCCCUGAGUCAGGCGAUGACGAUCAAAGAGUACCUGCAAGGUGAUGGAAGGUGCGGGCGGGUGUUGAAUCUGGAGCGCUGUAGAGGGCUGGACAGAGAGUCGGUGGUGGAGAUAUUCGAAGAGAUGCAACAGCUGAGAGAGGAGAGCGUGGAGCAUCGCAACAGGAUAGUGAAGUCCGCCUCGGCCAAGAUCAGAGCGAAAGAAAAGCAGCAUCAUUUCAUGAACGGUGAUUUACAAGAAGAUGACGAGAAUUUUGACUGGGAGACCAGCGAGGCCAACUUAAAGGAUCUAGAGAAAAGGGUGGCCAGAUUUUGUCAUUCUGUUGGCCAAGUUUCGAACUCAAGUGACGCUUUGACGGCAAGCAAAGGCAUUCCAACGCUAAGGCGAUUUCAGAUAGUUGUAAGUAGCACUCUAAAUCUCUUAACACUCUACAUCUAAAUCUCUUAGCAUAUUUUGACUUUUUUCCCCCCUUAAAUACCGGUAUGGAUACAAGUAAAUACAAGCAGUACAUUUAAUGUCUUCUCGUGUGUAGUCAGUGACGGAGAAAGAUCUACCACACGGCUGUGACAAUGGAACAUAAGCGUCAAGACAUCUUUCUAGCCAAAAAAUAUUUGGCUUUAUUUCGCCAAGUUCUGCACACACAUCAAUCCGUGACUACAAUUAAAUUUAUAACAACAUCAACAGACUACAAUCAGUGACCACAAUUAUGUUUAUAACAGCAUCAACAGACUACAAUCAGUGACCACAAUUAUGUUUAUAACAGCAUCAACAGACUACAAUCAGUGACCACAAUUAUGUUUAUAACAACAUCAACAGACUAAAAUCAGUGACCACAAUUAUGUUUAUAACAGCAUCAACAGACUACAAUCAGUGACCACAAUUAUGUUUAUAACAACAUCAACAGACUACAAUCAGUGACCACAAUUAUGUUUAUAACAGCAUCAACAGACUACAAUCAGUGACCACAAUUAUGUUUAUAACAGCAUCAACAGACUACAAUCAGUGACCACAAUUAUGUUUAUAACAACAUCAACAGACUAAAAUCAGUGACCACAAUUAUGUUUAUAACAGCAUCAACAGACUACAAUCAGUGACCACAAUUAUGUUUAUAACAACAUCAACAGACUACAAUCAGUGACCACAAUUUUGUUUAUAACAACAUCAACAGACUACAAUCAGUGACCACAAUUAUGUUUAUAACAACAUCAACAGACUACAAUCAGUGACCACAAUUAUGUUUAUAACAACAUCAACAGACUACAAUCAGUGACCACAAUAAUGUUUAUAACAACAUCAACAGACUACAAUCAGUGACCACAAUUAGGUUUAUAACAACAUCAACAGACUACAAUCAGUGACCACAAUUAUGUUUAUAACAACAUCAACAGAACUCAAUAAUAUCAACAGAACAACUCUUCAUAAAAAAUAUUUUAAUUCCCACAAAUGUUAAUAUAAAAAAUCUAAUUUUUGAAGCAUCUUGGCACGAUAUCAAUAGAAGACCUAACUACUACUAUUUUUGAAUGAUGAGAGCAGGUUGGAAAACUAAAAUCCCCAGCCCGUAACAUUCUAGUCUCUCCAACCACCCCCCCCCCUUUUUCCUAUUCCACAGACUUUAAGUAUAUCCACAAAUGCAGCUGUAUUUCAGUGCAUGGUAUUCCACUCUUUGAAUGUAUCCACAAAUACAGCUGUACUUCAGUGCAUGGUAUUCCACUCUUUGUAUGGGGUUGUCUUAUUAUUAAUAUCCUUUAAACAAAAUUCUUAACCAAUGUUCUCACAUCAUACAAUUCAGGAUCCAAAGAGUGUCCCACUGCCUGGAGGCACCGUGUUUGUUCAAAGCAAGCUGUGUCAGUUGUCUAGUCCAGGCUCCAGCCGGGCCACCAGCAGGGCCACCAGGGACCAUCAUCAUGUCAGGUGGUUUAUUUUGUCCACAACAAAUGAAUGAUGCCAUUAAUACAAUAUUUGGACAUUGACAUGAUUUAGUUUGCUCUUGUUGGAGAAGUUUAUUUCCCCUGUUUUUACAAUAGUGAAGGACAUCAAUUAAAAAUUUGAUACAAGUAUUGUUGGAAAAACAACAAAUUUCAGAUUAACUGUGCAUUGUUGGAAAAACAGCAAAUUUCAGAUCAACUGUGCAUUGUUGGAAAAACAACAAAUUUCAGAUCAACUGUGCAUUGUUGGAAAAACAAAAAAUUUCAGAUCAACUGUGCAUUCUUGAUUUUUAAAAAAAAAGUAUGCUAUUAAAAUCGAGGUACUUGUUGAUCUUCAAGAAUCUGAGAACUUGUAAAGCUAAAACUAGAAACUCAGUGAAGGAAAAUUGGCGGGAAUGUUAUUACUGCUUGUAACAAAUAGUUGCAUCCAUUUAACAGAUACAAAGAUGUACGGCCUACAGAGUGACAAACCUAUUUGAAAGCAAGUUUCUGGGCAGAGGACACAAUCAAAAUUGGAGUCAAAUCUUAAAAAUCAAAAUAUGGGAAUCAAAUCUUUUUAAAAAAAUGACAUCACAGAAUGCAAGAGAAAUAAAAAUUUAUUUUCAAGUGGUAAUUAAAGUUGCAUUUUAAAGCUUUCGUGGAAAACACUGUCAAUCCAUCAUGGAAAGAUGAAAUAAUGAGAAUAGGAGUCACAAGGGAUUAUUAUUUGAUGAGUCAUCUAUCAGCAAUGUUAUGUGUCGUGGCUGGGUCAUGAUGAAGUUAAGUCGGCAUGCCAUGUGGUGAACAAUUAAAAGCCGUGACACUGACACAAUAAAAAUUACGACAACUCCUGCGACGCGGAACGCAUAAAGUGCACAAUGAAACACACAAGACGCACACCGCUGGUCAUCUACUGCAUCCUGGUCUGUUUCCAGGCAUCUAGACUAAGUCUUGCCAUUGGGAAAAAUGGGCAAGGACGCAAGAGUGUUGCCGAGGAUUGAGCAACUCUCCCUCACUUUAAAACAAGAUACAGCCCAAGUGGAGGCCUUGGUCAUCUUGGCAUGCGUAGGCCCAACGAUAAGAAUCAUGUAAAAAACAAACUAAAGACUGUAGCACCCAUCUCAGAUGGCCUAACUCAGUGGCUGUUGGUAGAAAUCGUCCUGGCAUUUCAAAGACUCAAGACAUGAUAAAAAAGGAUGUUUCAGAAAAAAAAAACUAAAAAUACAUGAAGAGAGAAAGAAAAAAAUGAUUGCAUAUUUUAUUUCUAAUGCACACUUGAGGCCAUAAGCUGCUAUGGGUAAUCAUUUAUUUUUUUAGAGACGGCCAUUAACCAGAACGUGCAAAUGUCAUCGUUAAAAGUCAAAUAGGUCAAGCCACUUGAUGAAAAUAUAAUACAUUUUCAAAAACAUAUUAAAGGAGUAUGCU